GUGGCAGUGGGUGGCAGACUAUUCCCGCUUUUGACAAGGUGUGGGGUAAUGUCAACAACGAAGGAAACUUCACAGGAUCAUCGGGGCGGACUUAUCACACGCGUGAGGUUUACAGCGAUGAUGAACCUGACCUUACUUAUCAUGCCCCCGAGAUACGCAAGGAAGACAAUAGGAGGAAAGGCAGUAUCGAAAACGAUGCAUCUGCUUAUUGGCGUACUGGUGGAUCGAGGUCUCCUUCGAGUGACAAUGGAUCUCAAGUUGAUCUGGCUCCUCCAAGGGGUAGAAACCUUGAGCGCGACGACUACAUCCGAGGGCGACAGGGAUGGGUCGCUGAUGCGCCUCGUUGUAUCCCAAAGCCAAAUAACAUCGGUGAAAAUAUUCCCCGGAAGACUAAUCCUAGCCUCCAGACUGCCAAGGAGUUUUUCCUUCGGGAACGAGACGACAGUGAGGGGGACGAUGAUAACAACGAUGUUCCGUCUAAAGUGAAACCUAACUCGAACGCUGGCGGAUUAAAAUCCAUCCCCCCACAAAGCAACAGGCUUCAGGACGAGCGGUCCGUUUUGGCGCGUCCGGGAUUGGUCUACGACGUGCGCCGUAGUCCCAUCGAUGAGCCAGAUGGUAUUGAUCACUACAUUCCCUCAAAGGUUGAUACCAACGACGUCAAAAAGUUCGUGGUUAGGGGGAAGGAGGACAACGAAGUGGCCAAUCGUAGUGGCGAGGAGCCAUUUAAUGGUGAUGAGCAUACUUCCCCAAAAUCUUGCAACAUCAUCGGCAACGGAAAGUCCACAUCAAGUGAUGAUGAAUCAGAAGCUAUGAUUGGGAGGAGGAUGGCGAGCUGUAGUGAUACACUUUCAACUAACACAACAAAAACAAUGAGGUAGUUCGUAUACGAAACUGGUAAUUUGCUUUCUCUGUUUCUUUUUUCCCCCGUCUUUCUCCCUGGAUGAGGAGUUUAUUAUCUAUGGUGCUCUAUGUACAUGCUGGAUCGGAUUAUUUACUAUGUUCUUGGAUCUCUCUGGUCAUCUAUUAUUUACGUUCCUUACCAAAAUACACUUAGGAUAGGUACGAUGCGUAGUUAGUCUCUUGUAAUUCUUGUCUUUUCUUUUCAGAUUCUCAACUGGUUGUCAUAAUUAGCUAGACUACUAAAUCUUUACCAUGCUUUAGGCUCUAUGGACGAACCGUUUUAAAAU